CCGGGAGCGCGCAGGCGCAGCGACCCGGCGUCCCUCCUUCGGCCCGGAGCCGUGGUCGCUCCGGUGUGGUCACCGCUACUGCCGCCGCUCACCAUGGGCCCCAGUCCCCGGCUGCUGGUACCUCUCCUGCUUUGCGUGGGGCUCGGCGCGCUCGUGCCCUCUUCGGAGGCUUCAGGCGUUCGCAAGCGAGGCCCCUCGGUGACAGCCAAGGUCUUCUUCGAUGUGAAGAUUGGAGACAAAGAUGUUGGCAGGAUUGUGAUUGGCCUCUUUGGAAAAGUUGUGCCUAAGACUGUGGAAAACUUUAUUGCUCUCGCAACAGGAGAGAAAGGAUAUGGAUAUAAAGGAAGCCAGUUUCAUCGCGUCAUCAAGGAUUUCAUGAUUCAAGGAGGCGACUUCACGGCUGGAGAUGGCACUGGCGGUAUGAGCAUUUAUGGUGAGACAUUUCCAGAUGAGAACUUUAAGCUGAAGCAUUAUGGCAUUGGGUGGGUCAGCAUGGCCAAUGCUGGGCCAGACACCAAUGGCUCUCAGUUCUUCAUCACCUUAACCAAGCCCACCUGGCUGGAUGGCAAACACGUGGUAUUUGGAAAAGUCAUUGAUGGGAUGACAGUGGUGCACUCCAUAGAGCUCCAAGCCACCGACGGGCACGACCGUCCACUCACCAACUGCUCCAUUGUCAACAGCGGCAAGAUAGACGUGAAAACGCCCUUUGUGGUUGAGGUCGCUGAUUGGUGACACAACUCGCAGAAAACAAGGAAAACUACUUUGGCAAGGGUCACAGGAAGCAGCCCUCUCAGCAACUAAAUUGGCAAUUGCAAGGUCAACCCAGCCUGGUGCUAACCUGGGCUCCUUUGCCCACUUGCAUAUUUCUUCCAUGACUUCCUACCUGUGUUCUAAUUUUGUCCAGCAGACAACUGAGAAUCUGUUCGGGAAACCCAUCAAAAGCCUGCUUUCCUGGUCCUCGGCCAGACCUCACCAUCAGUGUUGAAUUGAUGCUCAUCAGUGCAUGAAUUUUGGUAGACCACUCACUUAGGGACUUUGAACUUAGACACAUCCCCUUUGAACUAGACACACCCCUCCAUUGGUGCUAUUUGUAAACUAGAAAAACUUUGUAUUGGCCAUUUUUUUUUCAAAGAACACAGUAAAUCUUAAUUGCUGAAUUCA